AUGGCGCAAAGCCGGCUGCUACUGCUCUUGCUGCUGCUGGUUGAGCAAUCCUGGAGCGAGCAGCGAAAAACAUAUCACAGCAAAAUUAGUGGUUCGAAUAGUCGCUUUCUGUUUUCCCACUAUCCUCACGGUCAAGAACGAGGUCAUGAUGAACACCACCAGAGUUUUAAAAAGCAACUGGAAUCAACCACGAUGAACGAAAUCGACAUUGAGUCGACUACCUUGCCUCCUACUACAAUUAUUAUCGAAGAAGCACCAAUACAUUCCGAACUAUCUUAUGACAAAUCCCUUCCGCUCCGAGUACUAGAUUGUAUGACAAAGGUGUCCCUCAUGGAUUGCAGUAAAUUGUAUGUGCUACAGAACAUGGAAUCGAGGGAUUAUAAUUUCGAAACGAGUGGAAAUCUUACUCAUGAUAUUCAACAGAUACUGCUUCCAUCUUACACCCGAUCGGACAACAAAUUGUUUGAGGAUCGACUUUUGCGACUGAACUCAACCGAAGUGGAUCGUCGAAUCAAUCGCGGACUUGCACUACUGUUCAACGAACGGCAGGUCGAUCUCACGUUUAUGCCAGGAUUUCGGCUGCAGAUUAGCCCCAGCCAGGGAGACGUUCUGGAAUUCUCGAUUAAAAAGCAGUUUGACUUCGCCGAAGAAGGUCGCGGUCGUGACAAGGAUCGUAACAAGGACCGUGACAAGCGCGGAAAUAAAAAGCUCGUUAAACACUUGGUCCGGCUUGGCGUACCGGUGGUGCUGCUGCCGUCGAUGCUACUGGCUAGCGUGCUGCCGAUGAUGCUUCCAGCGUUGAAAUUUGCCACCUUCUUCACCAGUUUCGUCAAUCAUGCCGCAUUGGCUGCAGCCGUCAUGUACCUGGCAAAACAGCACGCCCAGGAGCAAGAGGAAAAACAAACGGUGUAUUUCAAUGCGGGAUAUAACUAG